AUGGAUCUAUCAGACUACAAGGAUAAGCUGGUGGUCCUUAAAUUCCGCACUAUGUGGGAGUAUCGCAACGUUAUAGAGCAGCUGAGUCACGACACCAAGCACCUGGGGGCGAACGUUAUUUGGUUCCUCACCGCGGCAGUCAUGGACUUCGAGAUUCCAGAUGCACAAAUGCCUCAGAACAAGGUGCCGUCAAAUGCUCCCAUGAACAUUACCCUAAUGCCCACUCCUAAAAUCAGGAAUAUUGUGCGCGGCAUAAUAGGGAAAGCGCCGACCAUGUGCUGUUUUAAACUGGAGACGGAUCCGAACGUGCUCAUCCAGAGGGCCAAAGUGCUGCUCGAUGAGCCUACCAUGGCGGACGCCGUCGUUGCCAACAUACUGGAUCAACGAUACGACCGAGUGGAGAUAGUAUUUCCCGAUAGUACGUCCAAAAAAAUCGACGCUAAGAAAGAGAGCAUUGAGAAGGAGAUUGUAGACGCACUGAUACAGGUGCACCAUAGAAAGGCAUCACGCUGUUAG